AUGUUCAGCCCCCGCGCAGCCGUCCUCCUCCGCCCCCUCGCGGCAUGCAGGCAGCUCCAUGUCAGUGCCCGUGCAUGCUCUCACGAGAAUCCCCUUGGCAUUCCGCGACGAGAGGCCAACCCCGCGCCCACUAUCCCUCGUAGAGGGGCGCCGCCUCAAAAGUCGAGGAUCAAGGGUGUCAAACAAGUAGUCGUAGUGGCCAGUGGCAAGGGAGGUGUUGGAAAGAGUACUGUCGCAGCCAACCUCGCGCUUUCGCUACUGAACAGCUCGCCCCUUGGAAGAGCACCCCGUAUAGGGCUGCUGGACUUGGACAUAUUUGGACCUUCAGUCCCAAAGCUCAUGGGACUCGAGAAUGCUGGUGAUCCUCGGUUGAGUGACGAGAACAAGCUCCUUCCAUUGCAGAAUCAUGGUGUCAAGACCAUGUCAAUAGGUUACCUAUUACCACCCAAUCCCGAGAACGACUCUCCAGUCGUCUGGAGAGGCAUGAUGGUCAUGAAAGCUGUCCAACAGCUACUCUUUGAUGUCGAUUGGACUUCCGCGUCAGCAAUUGGUAAAGACGACCUCGACGUCUUGGUCAUUGAUAUGCCGCCCGGCACCGGAGACGUGCAACUCAGCUUGGGACAGUUGGUCUCCGUCGACGGUGCUGUCAUUGUGUCUACGCCUCAGGAUGUGGCAUUGAUCGACGCCAGGAAAGGAGUAGGCAUGUUCAACAAGGUAUCCAUACCGAUGAUUGGAUUACUGCUCAACAUGUCCCACUUUACCUGCUCCUCGUGCUCCACGCCUCACGAACUCUUUGGAAGCGCCGCCAAGUUUGAAAAGGCCGCCAAUGACCUGCGACUGGAAGUACUCGGCAAACUCCCCCUGGUGACUUCUGUGAGCGACGGCGGAGAUGCUGGCAGACCGGUCAUGGUGCAGAGCAGCGAGACAGGCGAGGAAGUCCGUAGAACCAUGUCCCAAGUUGGCGAAAAAGUGUGGAGAUGGUUGUUGGAUCAUACACCCGCCUCGCUUGGUACCAGAGGCUGA